AUGCCGGAGGGUCUUGAUUCUCUGCGGAUUGAAGAGAAUGUUCUGGAGGCACUCGUUCAUGCACUUAUUUCUGACCGAAGUGCUUGCGUUGCAGGUUGUCUGCCGCACAUUCUCAGCGGGAUUGCGCACGGGGAGCCUGAGUUAAGUGUGCAGCGUCGUGGGAGGACACAUAGGUGUGGGGAGCACGCAAAGGCCCCCGCAGUGACAGAGUUGCUGGAGUGUGCGUUAAGCAGUACCUCUGAUGCAACUGACUGGUCUGUGGCAGAGGAAGAGUGGAAUAUGUUUUUGCGUGGUAUUGGUUCUGGGCGAAAAUACCAUAGUGAGGCGCGAGAUUCGCUAAAGUCACUCGUGGGACCUGCCACGCAGGCAUUGUUGCCAUUGCUAGAAUUUCUUGAUGCUAAAGAACACGUUUCUGAAAAGCAACUCUCGUGUGCAAGAGGUUUCUACGCCCAUGCUGUAUCCCACUUGCUUCAAGUUCAUCUAUUCGGGGCUACUGAGAAGGAGAUCGUCAUGUGGCUGCGACGCCACGACUGGGGCACGGAGCUUGAUAAACUUCUGCGCCCUUUUCUGGUGUCUGAGGUGGAACCGCUGGCGAAGGAGUUGGCCUUUCACUUUAAGGAAGGGAAGAAGACUGCACGGCGUGAAGAGUCCCAACACUUCUUUUCAUUUCUCUUGCAGUUGUAUGAGCGCUACAGUAUUGACACUCGCGCACAUGGAUGGGUUUCGCCCAGGCUGAAUGCGCAUGAUCCUGUUUCUCUAAUAGCCCUUGGUGGUGUGUCCUUGGCCUCAAUUGCAGUUUCUGUCUUUUGUAGUGUCUACGGCUGGUACGAGGGAUCCAAAUUCCUCGCUGCCAGAGACUUUACGGUGCAUGGCGUGAAUUGUUUUACUGACUUUUUGGAUCGGGCAAGAGGAGUCCUUCACAGUGGGGCGCAGCUGCUACUAGCAGAGAGUAUUUUGUUUCCUUCCGUAUUUUGCAUCUUUUUAGAGACGGCACGAGUUACCGCCGAACGAGCGUUUACCACGGGUGCACGUGCAUUGUGGCGGCGGGAGUUUCUUGCCGUGGAGUCUCUGCGGGCAUUCACCACCGUUUGCGGCUCACACCACAUGUUGCGGUGUCUGGAGGCGGUCAUUCGACGUUUGGCCGUUGUGUUUUCACUUCUCCCUACCUACGCGGUGAGCCUCUGGGAACGCACCAUCGCACCAUGUCUGUCAGCAUUUGUAGCUCGUCUUGAGGCGACCAUAGAGUCAAGUAAGUCGACUUUGGUUGUGAUUGAAGUCUCGCUUGAGGUACUUAUCUGUGUGCAUGCCAUGUAUUCUGCGGCGGAGGAAUGGCAGGAGCAGUGCUGUGGAGUCCGUAAUGGGGUGGAGAUUACUUUGGAACCCCUUGAGCGGUUGGGACUGUGGCGUGAUGAACUCAUACGUAGGAUAACGCACGACAUCAAUAAUUUUCUUACGCGACUCUUUGCGGGCUGUGGCUUCUUGGAGCGGGACCUUCGGGCAUGGGAUGCUCUGUUGCUUGUUAUGGCUAGAGGGAAAACUGUGGCACACACCAUUCUCUAUGAGGACAUGAAGGUGUCUUUGGCGCGACUGACAUCGGAGGAGCAGCGAAACCAUUUACGCGAAUAUUGUCACUUGAGUGGUAUGCAGUCCAUUGCUACACUGUUGGAAAAUACCAUGGAGUGA